AUGCGAAUCAUCCUACUUCCCUCUUCUUCGCUGCAUCCAAUUCCACCUGCUCUUCCAAUCCUUCUUCGCCUUUUCACUCUCCCACCCAUCAUUUAUUCCCCUCUUCCUUGCUCCACUCUUUUUUCUAAUCCUCUCACUCUCCUUCCUCCUCCGCCUCUGUCUUAUAAUCAUCUUUCUAUUCCUUGCCCUCCUCCCACUCCUCAUCCUGCUUCUCUUUCUACUUAUACUACUUUUCCUCCUCCUUCUCCUAUUCCUCUAUCUCGUCUUCCACUACUUUCACAAUCUCCUCCUCCUCCUCCUUCAUCAGCAUCAACACCUCCCUUUAAGAGGAAGCACAGCUUCGUAGCAUCCGCUAAAGUGUGCCUAGGAAAAACUAAUUCAAUGAACACUCGUGAUCUUUCCAGGCCGCCCGAAUAUAUAAAUGCUUCUCUUGGCCGGCCGGCAUACAUUUUUGUUGUUAAUCUUCUUGGAUGCUGCUGUAAACAGCUUUAG